UACUACAAUUGAGCGCGUGGUCAGCAACAAGAAGACGGGGACAUCUGCUGCUAACAGGUCCCCUCGUGGCCAGCUUCUCUCCACACACACUCUUACCUCACCUCAGGGCCAGCUCAGCAUCAUGCUGAGCCAGGAGAUCUUGAAGAAGCUGAAGUUGCCAGAUCUGAAUGAUGUCAGCCAGUACAUCAGGAGUGUCUCCACCCCGGUGUUGGUCAGCACGGGGGCCAUGGCUUUUGCGACAACCUACUACCUGGCGACACGACCCAAGGCCAUCCCACCGGUCUGCGACCUCCGAAUGCAGUCAGUGGAGGUUCCGGGUGGAGACUUUGCACGCCAGUCAGUUUUGCUGAACGGAAACGGUCCCAUAACACAUUUCUACGAGGAUGCCCGAACAUUGUACGAGUUCUUCCUCAGAGGGGUCCGGGUUUCCAAUAAUGGUCCCUGUCUGGGCUCCAGGAAACCAAAACAGCCGUAUGAAUGGAUGUCCUAUAGAGAGGUAUUGGAGCGAACAGAGAAUCUGGGCUCAGCAUUUCUCCACAAAGGACACUCUAAGACCACAGACCCCCACAUUGGCAUCUUCUCUCAGAACAGACCUGAGUGGACCAUCUGUGAGCUGGCAUGUUACACCUAUUCUCUGGUGUCAGUCCCUCUGUACGACACACUGGGAACAGAAGCCAUUGGUUACAUUAUAGACCUAGCUUCCAUCUCGACUUUGGUGUGUGACGUGGUAGAUAAAGUCAACCUGGUGCUGGACUGUGUCAAGGACAGGAAACACUCCGUAAAGACCAUCGUUCUAAUGGAGACCCCCAGUGCCGAGCUGGUCGACAGGUGUCAACAGGCUGGAAUCCACAUCCUCAGCCUGCAGGAGAUGGAGUCCAUCGGCAAGGCCAACCAUCGCCAACCCAUGCCUCCACGACCUAAGGACAUGGCUCUCAUCUGCUUUACCAGUGGAACAACCGGGAACCCAAAGGGAGCUAUGCUGACACAUGAGAAUGUUGUGUCCAACUGCUCAGCCUUCAUCAAAUUGACAGAGAGUUAUGUGGGACCUCCAGUUGACCUGCUCAAACCCCCUAAAUAUCCCCUGUCCCCCACUCCUACCGCUUUUAUUUUUAACCUUUAUUUAUCCAGUGAUGUCCAUAUGUCCUUCCUGCCCUUGGCUCAUAUGUUUGAAAGAGUAGUACAGGGACUGAUGAUAGUCAAUGGAGCCCGGAUUGGCUUUUUCCAGGGAGAUAUUCGUCUGCUGUCAGAUGACCUGAACACGCUGAAACCUACUGUGUUUCCUGUGGUACCCCGACUCCUUAACAGAAUGUAUGAUAAGAUCUUUGGGCAGGCCAACACCUCUCUGAAGCGCUGGCUGCUGGGAUUCGCCUACAGAAGGAAGCAGGCCGAGAUAAGGAAAGGCAUCGUGAGGAGAGACAGUAUCUGGGAUCGACUCAUCUUCCGGAAGGUUCAGGCCAGCCUCGGCGGCCGCGUGCGUCUCAUGCUGACUGGAGCUGCUCCCAUCUCUCCUGCUGUCCUCAACUUCCUCAGAGCCGCAGUAGGCUGUCAGUUCUAUGAAGGUUAUGGACAGACAGAGUGCACUGCUGGAUGCACCAUGACCAUGCCGGGUGAAUGGAAUGCAGGACACGUCGGAGCUCCUCUGCCCUGCAACUCCCUUAAACUGGUGGAUGUGCCUGAGAUGAACUACCUGGCUGCAAACGGCGAGGGAGAGGUGUGUGUGAAGGGUCCUAACGUGUUCCAGGGCUAUCUGAAGGAGCCCGAGAAGACCGCCGAGGCUAUUGAUGCAGAUGGUUGGCUUCACACUGGAGACGUAGGAAAAUGGCUUCCUAAUGGCACUCUGAAGAUCGUGGACAGGAAGAAGCACAUCUUUAAGCUGGCACAGGGGGAGUACAUUGCUCCGGAGAAAAUAGAGAACAUCUACAUGAGGAGUGAUGCAGUGGCACAGGUCUUUGUGCAUGGAGACAGUCUGCAGGCAUGUCUGGUAGCAGUGGUGGUUCCUGACCCUGACUUCCUGUGUGGCUGGAUAAAGAGGACCCUGGGACUGGAGGCCAGCUACCAGGAACUGUGUGGCAGAGCGGAAGUCAAGGCAGCCAUCUUGAAGGACAUGGUGCAACUGGGCAAGGAUGGAGGCCUCAAGUCCUUUGAGCAGGUGAGGGCCAUCUGCAUCCACACCGAGCUGUUCUCAAUCGAGAACGGCCUGCUCACUCCAACAAUGAAGGCCAAGAGGAACGAAAUGCGACAGUACUUCAGAUCCCAGAUAGACAAACUGUACGCCGGGAUUAAAAUGUAGAAGGAGAGCAACAUGGAAGACCAGACACACAAGCUACCAAAGGCAAAAAAAAGGAAGCGGGCAGCACAAGCUAAAGCACACACAGGGAGGCAAAUGAGGGGAUCCCGUCUUACCAAAAGGACCAUCAGCAUGUCUAGUCCUCAUGAUUCAGAGCAUUUAGAACAAAAAAAAUGACCUUUAGGUGCCACAAGACCUCCGAAGGUCCAGAGUAGACUUUAUGCUUAAAAUAAAUUCUAUUCUAUCUAGUUUUUGAUGAAAUAGUUUUGCCUAUGCUAUAUACAGUACAAAUAUGUAACAAUGUGUUGAUUCCAAUCAGCUAUUUUGUGAUAAUAUCUCCAUUAAGGAUGCUUUUUAAAGGGAAAUUUGCAGCUCUGUAGCAUCGGACAUCUCAGGACUUCAGUGGCAAGAACCACACACGCGCACACACACACACACACACACACACACACACACACACGUCUUUUAACU